AUGUGUAAUGGUGAACUACAGCUAGAGGUGGCUAAUCUUGCUUGCUCGGUAUCCACAAAUGAAGAAGGAAUUAACAUUGUCCAAACAGCAGCCAAUCACUUGGAGACCUUAUGCCCUCAGGUUGUCAAUGCCGCCGUAGCUCUUGCGGCCAAGCCCAAAAGCCAGGUGGUAAAAAGCAACAUGGAAAUGUAUAAAGCCACCUGGGAGAAUCACAUACGUGUACUCACAGAAGCUGUGGAUGACAUUACAAGCAUUGAUGACUUUCUUGGAGUAUCAGAAAGUCAUAUUCUGGAGGACGUAAACAAGUGCAUUAUUGCCCUAAGAGAGCAGAAUGCUGAUGAGCUGGACCGUGCAGCUGGUGCCAUCCGUGGGAGGGCAGCAAGAGUGGUGGACAUUGUCUCUGGUGAGAUGGAUAAUUAUGAGACAGGAGCCUACACUGAAGGAGUAAUGAGAAAUGUGCGCUAUCUCUCAAAUGCUG